CUAACCACGAUACUAACACUAUGAGCCCUCGUUGCGUACCCUGCAAUCGAGACUUUAGCAAUGAUGAAGCUCUCCAGCAACACAAACGAGACUCACCAGCACACAAAUCCGACUGUAUAACAUGCGAUCGCCAUUUCAAAAACGACAAGGCUCUGACACAGCACUACCAGAAUGCCGCUGUUCACGCUCAAUCCUCUAAACAUCCAGCCAUUCUUACGAUGUCUCCUCAAAAACCAAAGUCGGCCACAAAACCAAAGUCAAACAAAAAAUGGUCGAUGUAUCCUUCACUUCACAAUGAAGUGUCUGACCUCCUUUACAAAGACAAUCUUUCCUUCAGCUUCUACGAGAAGGACGACACCAAAAGCUGCAUAAAAGAAUAUGAUACGAAUAUCAUGGGCCAGUUCGCUUGCAGCAAUACAGCAUGCCUGGCUGUCUGGACAAGCAAGCGAAUAGCCAUCACUAUACGGAAAUAUCUCGACGGGCGAUACAAUGCAAGAGUAUAUUACCAAUCCUGCAAACGCUGCCGCAUGACAAGUGAACCACAACUGGAUUAUUCAUACGCAGAAAGAGUGGCAUAUCGCCUCAAGAAGUGGUCUGGCAUCCAGAUGGAACUCCAUCCCUUCUCAGGGCAGAGUAACGGUCCACAUAGAAGUGAUCUAUGUGAAGGGUGUAAGCAAGGUCAUUGCAGCCAAAUGGGAUUGUGAUUCUAGUCAACUUCGUAAUAACAAGCAUCGCGAUAGGGACAAAGGCAGUCCUUUUCUAUAGCAGAAUCGAUGUUGUGGUGAGAGUACUUGUUGCAAACUGCGUAGCUGUUGGAAACAACUUUUUUAUUAGUAAU